AUGUCAUCGAUCACCGUGAAGAUUUUGGCCUUCUGGCUUUUUUACAUCCCUGUUGCCUUUUCAACCGAGAUUGGUGAUAUGUUUAAUGUGAAGCAAGGAUCCGAGAAUGGCGGUUUUGACUCUCACUUAUCGGUCCUUAGGCGAUGGUGGACGGAAUCUCAAGCCAUGGCCUCCGCCCGUAUUUCUGCGUUUGAUGACGCGAAGGGUAACGCUGAUGACACAAAAACAAAGAACGCGAAACAUGCUCUUCAGAAAUACUUGGGUAUUAACGAUGAUACGGACGAUGAGGACGUGGAUGAUAUCAAAUCAAUUCUCGAGGAAGUUCAAUCGUUCAUGAUCAAGAAAAGCUCUAUUCCAGGAGGCACGCCGUGGUUGUUUUCCGACAGCUCCUGGCUGGAACAGAAAUCCAGGAUAGAUAAAAUUGAAGAGUGUGAUGAAGAGGUGGAAAUUCAAAACUCCGAGGAAUACGGAUCGCAAUUAAAAGUAGCAAAAAGUUUGGUGCCAUACUGGUCUUCAGACCUUGAUCAGUAUAUCAUAGAUCAGGCCUAUGGAGAAGGAGGUUUAUGCAGUGCUUCGGGCGAACUGGGUGUGACCCAAACAGAUUUCGGUGUCGAUGCUCAAGGCAAAAAGCUUAGCGACGUGCUCUCUAAAAGUGCGACCUUGUUCCAUGAGUUAUUCCAUCUGGUCCUUGGCAACGACGACACUAUAGAUGCGACCUAUAAUCUUGGGACUCUUUUUCAGCGUGUUGGAAAGCCUUACACAAUACCUGCUAAAUCUGAAUGGGACGGUCAACGAAAUGCUUUGAAAAACGAUGCUCGCAAGACCAAUAUUGAGUUGGUUCGCACGAAUCCUGAGACUUAG